ACAGUUGCAGUUACCGAAUGGCGCUGUUGUGCGGCACUACGGGGUUUCUGCCCCAGAACUACAGCACAGCCCUCCCUACCCGGCGGCUCCUCUGUUGUCAGUAAAGAGCCGCUGAAAUACACUUAUUUGUUUAGAGAAAAGACUGGGGUUAAAGAUGGCGUCUCAACAGCAGCAACAACAGCAAGCGGGUGGGCCGAUGUCUCAGCCCGGUUUACAACAACCCGCUUCAAUCCAACAACAGCAACAGCUCAGUCAACAGCAAGAUAUCGACCCAGUUCAUAAGUUUAGGAUGCUUAUUCCACAGCUUAAGGAGAGUUUACAGAAUCUAAUGAAGAUCGCAUCUAUGAACUUGAGCUACAACACUUCCAUUGACAAUGGCAUUAAAAGUAGUGACACGUCUGUUCAGCGUUUUGACAAAAGUUUAGAGGAGUUUUAUGCGCUUUGUGAUCAGCUGGAGCUGUGUUUGCGACUGGCAUACGAGUGCCUCUCUCAGAGCAUUGACAGCGCCAAACAUUCACCCAACCUGGUCCCAACUGCCACCAAGCCUGACACGGUGCAGACAGAAUCCAUGUCCUAUGCCCAGUAUCUUACCAUGAUCAAAUCACAGAUCUCCUGCGCCAAAGACAUCCACAAUGCUUUGCUGGAGUGCUCCAAGAAGAUCGCAGGAAAGGGACAACCUCAGGGAAUCAUGUAGACCUGCAUGGACUCUUUACAUCCCUUUGUAUCGUAUUAAAUUUCACAUGAAUCAAGGCUUUAAAAGUCAUUUAUUGUCUGUACAAAACUCUGACAGUCAACUGUAUGUAAUGACCAACAGGUGGCGGUAGAGGUACAAGUGGAUUUUUUGUUUGUAAGAUUUUUGUAAUAAAUAUUAAAUUUCCUUUUUGAUA